CAUAAAGUGGGGGAGGCGGGACUUCCUUUGCCCACUUUGACGUACAACUAGUGCGAGAUUUGACCGAUCAGGGUGUGUUUUUUAUUUUUUUAGCGAAAUUUAGUCAAAAGCAAACUCUCCAGUCCGCUAAACAGCGGCGAUCUCAUCGUCCUUCAAUCAUAUUUACGGUUUGCCUCGAUAUUUCGCCUUAAAAGCGGCUUCUUCACGGGUACAUCGCGUCGUUGUAUGUGCGGUAAUAACAUGUCGGCGCCCCUACCUGCCAUUGUGCCUGCUGCCCGCAAAGCCUCCGCGGCGGUGAUCUUCCUGCAUGGCCUCGGUGACACGGGUCACGGCUGGGCAGAAGCCUUCAGUGGUAUCAGGAUUCCACACGUCAAGUACAUUUGUCCACAUGCCCCUAUCAUGCCUGUCACGUUAAAUAUGCGAAUGUCCAUGCCUUCCUGGUUUGACAUUUACGGCUUGAGUUCAGAAGCGCAAGAAGAUGAGGCCGGCAUCAAGAGAGCGUCAGACAACCUUAAAGCCAUGAUCGACCAGGAAGUAAAGAAUGGCAUUCCAUCCCAUCGAAUCAUCCUGGGUGGAUUCUCGCAGGGUGGCGCUCUGUCGCUCUACACGGCUCUGACCAGCCAACAGAAGCUCGCCGGGGUGGUGGCCCUCAGCUGCUGGCUUCCCCUUCGCAAUGCCUUUCCUCAGGUAGCGGGAGCCGGCGGCUCCAGUAAGGACGUGACCGUGCUGCAGUGCCACGGCGACGCCGACCCGCUGGUGCCGUUCUCUUUCGGCAGUCGCACCGCCGAAAAGCUGAAGAGCCUUCUGGGCCCCGACAAUGUCAUCUUCAAGACGUACCCUGGCCUGUCGCACAGCGCCUGUCCAGAGGAAAUGGUGGACAUUAAACGUUUCAUCGAGAAGCAGCUGCCCGCCAUCAGAGACGAAUGAACUCCGGUUGGACACGGCCCGAGGACACUUGACGACAGCAAACACGCCUCCUCCGCUGCGCAAGAGGUGCGCGGGACCGCUUCACGUUGCGCUCCGGACGAGGUUCCUCCACCCCGCCCCGCCCUGGAGUGACAUUAUGGUAGCGUGACAUCACUCGCUUGAUUGUGAUGCUAAAAGCCAUUUCCUGGACCGGGGCUAUCUCGAGCUGUACUUUUUACGCACAAUAAACGGCCUAUUAGUUUUU